AAUCACUAUCUUGAGUAUACCAUCGCCACAAUAUUUCAAACCCAACAUUUCUGUGUUCCUUAAUGGAUCUCUUGUGUAUCUGUCUCGUGCUCUCUGUAUUCUCGGGGACGUUCGGGGCCAUCCUACCGGUCACCGACUUUGCCCCUGUCAGUGUUGCCCCCGCUGGAUGUACAUGGAAUGGAACAUUCUAUAAGGAGGGAGCUUCCAUCCACAAAUCCCCGUGUGAGCCUUGCCAAUGCGGCCAUGACGGUCAUAUCUUCUGUGCCAUUGUCGAUUGUUUCUUCACGCCUUGCGUCGAUUCCGUUCAUGACCCAACAAAAUGCUGCCCUGUUUGUCCCAAUGGUCCAAACUGUCAACACAAGGACGGUACAAUAAUCAAGAAUGGUGAGACCUACAGGCCAGAUUCGCUGACAACGUGCCGUUGCCCUGACAACCAUUUCGGGUUCGGGGCCGCCAUAGCAGUGUGCGCCCACACCGCUCCGUUUGUGCAGCCCGGAAACCGCAAUAUCGAGUAGUAGAAUAUAAAAGACGAUAUAUACAUAUUUGUAAGACAUAUAUUUAUGCGGAUUAAAUUUCCAAUAAAUGAUACAUGAGAUUG